AUGGAGAUUGCAAGAGAAUUUGGAGCAUUGUUGUUCCUUGCAUUGGUGUUUCGCCCAUUUCUGGUUCUUGGGCUAGAUGAUUUUGAGGAAAGAAACGGAGUGGCUCAUUUUAACACUACUAAAAAUGAUGUGCAUUCAAGUGGAAGCCACAACGUUGAGCUGGAUGAUAUAAGAGAAGGAAGAACAAACUCUACUUAUACAGAUGCUUUAGUCGAACACAAUAGUGAUUUGAACAACGGUGGAAGAGGAGGAGGUGGUGGCGGUGGUGGUGGUGGAGGAGGAGGUGGCGGCGGCAAUGGUGGUAAUGGAAAUGGAGGAGGUGGUGGUGGAAGUGGAGUCGGGAAAGGUGGUGAUAGCGGUCAUGGAAAAGAAAUAGGUAAGCCACACCAAAGAAAAGGAGGAAAGCCUAGCAGUGGCGGUCGAGGAGGCGGUGGCAAUGGUGGUGGUAGAGGAGGUGCUAGCAGUGGUGGUAGAGGUGGUGGAGGUGGCGGAGGUGGUGGAGGAGGAGGAGGUGGCGGAGGCGGCGGUGGAAAUGGUAAAGGCUUUGGAUGGGGCCAUGGAGGUGGCGGUGGCGGAGGUGGAGGUGGUGGCGGAGGCGGAGGUGGAGGUGGUGGAGGCGGCGGCGGGAGUGGUGGUGGUGGAGGUGGAGGAGGAGGAGGAGGUCAAGGGGGAGGUUGGGGUUGGGGAGGAGGAGGAGGUGGUGGAGGGGGCAACCAAGGAGAUUGUUUGCCAUGGGGAUGUGGUGGCCACCCAAGAAAAUCAAUUGGGGCAAGAUCAGUUAGUCCUCCCUGA